CCAUGGUAGGGGUUCUUAAAGAAAAGGAAAAUGUGUAAGAAGGGGAACGGAAGCCAGAGACUCCCAGCACAAUCUUGUAGCCUCCAGAAGAUUCCAAAGGACCAGCGUGAACUCCAAUAUUUAGCAAGAGCGCGGCUCCUCAAGGUUCACAAGGGUUAAGUCUGUUGCCCGGUAUUCCAAAAAGCAAGGCGGAAGCGCCUAGUGUGAACUUCGUUCAACUUCAACCUAUAAGGUGGACCAGGCUGAAGUCACCUCACGCGGAGAAUCUAGAAUCCAGGCGCUCCCAAAGACCCUUUUCUCUCUCUCAUACCCUCAGGGUCCCCUGGCCAAGCCGCCUGCCCCGCAGUCAUCAUCACCCCCCCACCCCAGCAUCGGGUAGCUCCAGGGCCACGUGUCACUGGGGGCGUCUACCGAGCGCGACUGAAGAGUAGGCGAGCCCAGCCGGAGACUCGCCCAGGGUCAUCAUGGGAGUUGUAGUUUUUCUUGUGGGCACAGAAGGUUCGGAUUCCCCUUGCUUUUGCCUGGCCAUUAGCAUAUCUUUCGUGAAAGUCACUCAAACAGUGUAUGCCCCCAAAUAGAUGCAGCCUAGAUAUCUUCAAAAGAAGAUGUGAGGGAGAAAGAGCAAAGCGAGGAAGGCAAACCAAAAGAUUAUUGGCGAAGAAGAGAAAGGGUUAACAGUUACCACGCAUGCGCACAGGAGGCCCCAACAAGAGGGCGGGGACCGAAAGACUACUCCUAGAUCCGUGUUUUCCCCGGAAGUGCCUUCGCUCCUACCGGGUCUGCACGGACGCAGCUUCCUUACCUCACUUGUCUUCGCCCCUCCCCGUCCCUCUACGCGUUUUGGAUCCUGGUUGGUGCUUCCUGGUUGCAGCCACAGCACAUCGAAGUUACUGACUUUCCAUGAUGUUUGGUGGCUACGAGACUAUAGAAGCAUAUGAAGAUGACCUUUAUCAUGAAGAGUCAUCCAGUGAACUGAGUGUUGACAGUGAGGUUGAAUUUCAGCUAUACAGCCAAGUUCAUUAUGCCCAAGAUCUUGGUAACAUUAUCAAGGAGGAAGAAUGUGAAGAAGAGAAUGCUGGUAAUUUUGAAUCAUCAACUACUAAACCAGAUCAGAAGAACUUAAUUGUCCUUUCAGAUAGUGAGCCCAUCCAGCUAUCAGAUGGGUCAGAAGUCAUCACUUUGUCUGAUGAAGAUAGUAUUUACAAAUGUAAAGGAAAAAAUGUUAGAGUGGAAACACAAGAAAAGGCCCAAGGUCCUUCUGCUACUCUUCAUUCUAAUGAGUUGGCUAAUAAGGAAUGUGAGAGGGAUAUUGAGAAAACUAAACCUGAAAAGAAAUCAGGUGUAACCCGAGAGGUCAUGAUUAUAGAGGUCAGUUCUAGUGAUGAGGAAGAGAGCACUAUUUCUGAAAGUGAUAAUGUGGAAAGCUGGAUGCUACUGGGAAGUGAAGAUGAUGAUAAGGAUGAUGAUAUUCUUCUCAACCUUGUGGGAUGUGAAGACUCUGUGUCUGAAGGAGAAGAUGAUAUAAACUGGUUCAUCAGUGAAAAAGAUAUUGAGGCCCAGAUAGCUAAUAACAGAUCACCUAGAAGAUUGGCCCAGCGAUACUAUACAGACAACAAAAAUGUUAUCUGUAGAAAUUGUGACAAACGUGGCCAUUUGUCAAAAAACUGCCUCGCUCCACGUAAACUUCGUCCAUGCUACCUAUGCUCCAAGAUAGGACACUCCAUGGAUUUCUGUCCAUCUGCCCUUUGCGUAAACUGUUCUAUGCCUACCAGAUUUGGCCACAAAUGUCUUUUCCCAAAUUCUUGGAAUCAAGAAUGUGACCGGUGUCAUAUGCAAGGCCACUAUACUGAUGCUUGCCCAGAAAUCUGGAGGCAGUAUCACCUAACGACCAAACCUGGACCACCCCAAAAGCCGAAGACCCCUUCUAGACCAUCAGCCUUAGCGUAUUGCUACAUCUGUGCGCAGAAAGGCCAUUAUGGACACGAAUGUGAAGAAGAAAUACCAUAUGAUGAGUUUCCAAAAUCACCAUUCAUCAACUACUAUGAUGACAAAUAUGAAAUUCGAGAGAGAGAGAAGAGACUAAAACGAGAAAUAAAAGUACUCCGGAAACGUGGGCAUAUUCCAAGGCGGUUCACAGUAUCUUCUUCGGAAAGAGCAGAUGAGAGACCCCCCUAUUAUAGGAGGAAGAGCCAUGCCUUGUGGAAGAGUAGCAGGUGGCCUCAAGAAGAUAAAGAAAUGAUGUACAGGAAUAGAGACCGUAAAAAACACCGGAAAGCUGACAGACAUCGUGAAGUGGAUGAGGAUUUUCCCAGGGGCCCAAAAACUCACUCUUCUCCUGGCAGUAUUAAAACUCGGAAGACUCAUAAGUCCUUUCACUGUUCAUCGCAUUACCACAAAUCAAGAGAAGACAAACUUCCCAAAGAGGGCAAGUGGGGCAAGCAGAAGAAAAAAGAGAGAUACUUGGAAGAGGAUGACAAAGAUAAUUUAUUUCUUAUUAAGCAGAGGAAAAAAAAAAACUAAGCCAUACAACAGCCUCUAAUUAGACUUUCCAUUGUUCAUUUGGUCUUUAUAGCAUUCUGCCAGUAUAUUUAUUAUUUAUGGUUAAAGUGAAGUUUUUUUAAUUUCAGCCAUACCUAGAGUUUUGGAACAAAAACCAUGGAGAUCUCAGUUCUCUAUGUCCAACAGAUUAUUUGUUAAGAAAAUAGAUAAUCUUGGACUUCUCCUGUUCCAAUGUUAUUUUUACUCAGAAUCCUAAGGAUAAGAAAAAUUCAUCUUUUCAAGAAAACUUUUUACAAAUACUUUGAAAAAAAUAAAAGCUUAUUGAAUGUAAUUCAUCCACAAUAUAAGUAUGAAAAUUAAGCCCUGCUAGAAAGAGAAAUUAACACUAAUAAGAAAUUUUCAAUAGUCUUUUUCAGCAUUUUUUUUAAACAGUGGAAAGGGGAAUAGCUAUAAAUCUAAAUUCAGCUUUUCUUUCUUCUGAUACUGUUGUCAGAAUCCUUCUUUGAACAGAACACCCACAAACUGUAAAAACAAAGGUAUCAUUGAAGCCCUGAAGAGGCAGGGAAUUGGGCUGUAGCAAAAUACAGAUAAGGAAUUCAUCUAGUAUAAAUGCCACAAGACAGAUUUCCUAAAACAAGUGAAACAGAGUCAUCAAAAAUUUUAACAUAAUCACAGUGAAAUAGUUUCUUAUUAUUUUUACAGCCACAUUUCAAGAAGACUCAGAUCUGUACAGAAGAAUGUUACCCAAAUUAAAACAUUGUUUUGUUUUAUGGAUUUUUUAACUGCCACAAAGCUGUAUAGAAUUUUUGUACUUGUGAACCUUUUGUGCUUAUCAAAGCCUAAUGUUUGAAUAAAAAAAAUAAAAUGUCUGAAAUAGAGUAAAUAAAUGUGUCUGUUAUAUAAGAAGACAAUGAGAGUUCGGGCCACAUGGGGCAUAGCUGUGUUGGAUAGGCGACUAAAGUUAUAACAUCACCAUAAACUGGAGUAGAAAAUGCCCAUGUUGCCCAAGCACAGGCUCUCUGCCAGAAUAAAAUGGAAUAGAGUCAGUUAAAUAGGACAAUUUUAUAAUGUUGGAUUCUUAAAUUUGUAUUUUACUCUUUGGGGAAGUAUGCAAACUGCUAUACAUCUAAUAGGACAAGCUCUCUCAUGGGGGGGGGGUAGGGAGAAUUAAUUCUCUCCUCCCAUGUCAGCUCUAAUGUAAAUUGUAGGCCUACAAUCUUUAGUCUGAAAUCUUUAGAUUUCAGCUAAGUUUAUUGUAUAUUGGUGUAUGGCUUCCUAACAUAAGCUCAGGUUGUUUUGACCCUAAGGUAAGCAACCAGGGUUUUUCAACACCCAGCUAAAAGUGACAGCCAUAUAAAACAGCUUCAUGAAAGUGGUAAACCUUAAGAUUAUUGGCAUUAUUCCUCAAUAGGACCUGACAAAUGUGGCUUAUUGUUGAUCCUGUGUAGCAAGCACUCCUGAUCUUAGGGCAUCUCCUCUCGGGGCAGAAGUGGGAUUGCCAUUCUUUAGAUUCUUUUAUACAUAUUAGGUUGUUUGGAGGAAGAAAGAAAGGAAACACUUUUUUUCUGUCUCUGCACACAAUCUUAUUUUUCCCAAAACCUUUUAUUUUUUGUUAGACAUUUUGUUCAGAUAGGAAAGGAGGCUGAGCUACUUCAUCUGUGGCCAUUAGGAUGCAGUCUCUAUUUCCUGGUACAGGAAGAACAGGAACACAGAGGAGCCUCUGCUCCGUUUCCUCUCUAUUUCCCUUGCGGCCCUGGCUCUUACACCAGGUAUUCAGUUGAGGUUAGUCAGUCAGUCACUUAGUUUAUGGACUCGAAUUCUUUCCAUACAAGAAUGGAGAGCUCAAAAUAUAUUAAUAUAUAGAUUCAACAGUUAAUAACACUUUACAUGGAUAAAGAAAAGAGAAGAAAAACAGAUGUCCAAAACAAUAAAGAGCCAUAUAGUUGCUAGGAUUGAGAAGACUAAAUGUCUUUUGCCUUUGGCCCCACUUUCAUUUGAAGCAGCUUGAGUGGCUCCUUUCCUGGGCUCUCAUUUUAAAGGGGAAAAAAAGGAAAAACAUAAAAAUACAUGUAUAAUUUUUUA